AUGGAGCUCGGGUCGGUGUCCAGCGGAGCCCGGGCCUUGUUUUACCUGCACACCCCGAAUGAAUCAUCAUUUGAGAAAGUGGAAGAUGUCCCUCAGUAUGUGCAGCAGGCCACUCCUUUCUUCAUGGGGCUGAUGCUGCUGGAGCUGCUGGUGGGUUUCCUGAAGAACGGAGCCUCAGUGGUCACCGUCAGUGAUGGACUCACCUCCGUAUCCGCUGGGAUGAUCUCCAGACUGCCAGGGUUGUUCAUGAGAGGCUUGGAGCUGACCAGCUACAUGUACGUGUGGGACCACUACCGUGUCGUGGAGCUGCCCUGGGACUCUGCCUGGACCUGGUGGCUCACCUUCCUGGGAGUGGACUUCUGCUACUACUGGGUCCACCGCUUUGCCCACGAGGUGUUCCUCCUUUGGGCAGCACACCAGGUGCACCACAGUUCAGAGUACUACAACCUGUCCACCGCCCUCAGACAGUCCCUCACCCAGCAGUUCACCUCCUGGAUCUUCUACCUGCCCAUGGCUCUGGCUGUGCCGCCCUCGGUCUUUGCAGUUCACCUCCAGUUCAACCUGCUCUACCAGUUCUGGAUCCACACAGAGCUAAUCAGAGACCUUGGGCCUCUGGAGUGGAUCCUCAACACGCCGAGUCAUCACAGAGUCCACCACGGACGCAACCUUUACUGCAUCGACAAGAAUUACGGCGGAGCUCUGAUCAUAUGGGACCGAUUAUUCGGUACUUUUGCCCCGGAGACGGACAAAGUGAUCUACGGCCUCGUCUACCCCGUCCGGUCAUUUGAAAUCUUGCGUGUCCAGUUCCACUACUACAAGUACGUGUGGAAGAAGUUCAACAGAUACAAGACAAUCAGUGACAAAUUGUCCGCCGUCUUCAUGGGACCGACUUGGAAACCCGGUAGGCCGAGGGUCGGCGACCACAGCGGAAACCCAAAAGUUACAGGACAGGAAGUACCUUAUAACCCCAGCUGGUCGACGUCUUUGCAAGUCUACGUGGUGAUCCAGUUCCUGCUGGUGCUGGGGAUCUACCACGACGUGUUCGAAAACAAGACGAUGCUGUCCCAGCUCACCGUCCUGGCGCUGACCGCCUACAUUCUGCUCACCCUCACCGCCCUGGGCUUUAUCAUGGACCAGAGGCCGUCGGCGGCUGUGUUGGAGAUGCUGCGCUGCGUCGUCAUGGUGAUCAUGCAUCGGUCCGGCUACAUGAAGCCCCUCCUGCCCUCGCUCGCCGUGCCCAUCGAGGCCUUUGUCUCCCUCUCUCUGCUGUACUGGGCUCUGCAGAGCUUCUCCCCGCUGCUCAGCAUCAAGACCAAGUCCACCUGA